UUGAACGAGAGGAAACGCGAUCUUGCUCGUCGAAUACUUUCCCAAAACCCUAAUAAGUACUCGUGGAGAUGGCAUGGGUCUCAAACCCUAAAAAGAAGGACGUCAGAUGCUGUCAGGAGCUCCCCUGUCGCAGGACAAUCCCAAUCCGACCCCAACAAACAAACAAUCCUGACGAGUCCUGUUCCGUAGCGCUCGCUGCGGUCCCACACGAUUUUCUCAGGGCACGUCGCCGAUUUGGACUCUUUGCAAUCUGGUGCUAGGAAUGGAAGAACGAAUCUAAAAUUGGACGAGGGCAAGCGCUCAACAUAUUCGUGAAUUUGGGUGGGCAGCCAUGGGACGGGAAGAAUGUUAGGUUUCACGUGUGCAUGCUCCGGUCGAGAAUUCGACGCUGUCCGUCUCGUGGAAAGAAUGAUCGUCGUCUCGUGCUGACGAAGGGUGCGUGGGAAAUUGAGGCUCGCUGUUCUGCCAGCGAGCGACAUGUGCGGAAUUGGGUUGAUUGUGACCGGUGUUCCGAUUCGUGGACAUCUGGGCCCGGGUGAGGCUGAAGCUUCCGGCUUUUCGUGUCAAAGAUCACCGAAGUCUGCAGAACCAGUGGGCCCGAAUUAUGAAGAUCUCUGCAACGGGCUCAAACGCAGGGGGCCCGACCACAUCGGCGGACAAGUUCUCCACCUCUCACCACCAAUUCAGAAUUUGGAGAAAUCAGAAUCGACCGAACACCCCCAUCCCCAUCCCACCACACGCAAUGAACCGCAGACCGGAACUCUAAUCGACUGUACCUCCAAUGCCGAGAAUCCGCCACCAGUUGCAACUCCUGAAGGCGACAUUGCCGUGGACCUGGGAAGAUGUGGGUUGUCGGAAUCCACUGGCGGUGCUCGACUUCAAUUUGUUGGUGCCACUUUGCAGCUUCGAGGAGACAAGCCAGUUCAACAGCCCCUCCUGGACUCCGUCGGGAAUGUUCUCGUCUACAACGGGGAGAUUUUUGAUGGCUUGAAAGUGAGGCCAUGUGAAAACGACACGGAGGUGAUCAUGCAGGCCCUCCGCAACUGCUGCAACUGUGCCUGCCACAGUCAUAGCCAGCACCACCAAUUGAUUGAAUGUGCAUGUUCGGAUUCGAGCCAGCUCCACCAGACAGUGCCAGGAUUGCUUUCUCAGCUGCGAGGACCUUGGGCUCUGAUCUUCUGGCAGACUUUGUGACUCAGGCAGUGUCACGAACGCUAUGGUUUGGACGGGAUGCGAUUGGACGACGAAGCCUUCUGAUCCACAAACCUUCUUCAGAGGAUCCACGUCUACUGCUGACAUCAGUUGCACCAGAAAGAACCAAACAUGAAGGACAAGAGGCACAUGAUGAUGCAGCGCAUAUGUCCAGCUACUGGGACGACGUGACUUGCGGGAUUCACAGUAUCACCUUCAAAUCUACUUUGAAAGAUGGGUCUAUGAAACAAAAUCUGACACCUGCCUCUUGCCUAAGAGACGAACAAGAGACUGGCACUGUAAAGCCUGCUGAACAUCUGGAGGGCUGGGCUCGAGUCCAUGACUGGCAUGAUCCUCUGCUGAAGAGCCUGCUUGCAUGGGAAAGAGCUCUCGUGACCCCAACCGAGGAGCUGACGAGGUAUCAUCUCACAGGAAGCGACCAAGAAUCUCCGGCCAAGCGGAUUCUAGAGGCUUUGUGCCGAGCUGUGAAACGGAGAACAGAAAGCAUCAGAAUACCGAAAAAGUGUAAGGAAUUGUUACAUUCAGUGAACUCAAGGGCUUCUUCCACACUAGCGGAUGUCAGGAAUGAGCAGUUUUCACCCUUAGCCGUGCUGUUCUCGGGAGGUGUAGAUUCCAUGAUAUUGGCAGCUAUUGCUGAUCAGUUUGUAGAUCCUGACGCAACUAUUGAUCUUCUGAACGUAAGCUUUGAGGGAGACUUUGCCCCGGAUAGGGUGACUGCAAUCUCGGGGCUGAGCGAGCUCGAGGAAAGGUUCCCCUUGAGGAGAUGGAGAUUGAUAAAAAUUGACGCAAAGCUCUCAGAUCUUUCAAGUCAACGAGGGCAUCUCCUUUCACUUAUAUGUCCUUCUAAUACAUACAUGGAUAUCAAUAUUGGGACAGCUUUGUGGCUAGCUGCCAGUGGAGUCGGGUAUGUCCAUGAGAGCCCAUCACAGAGAUGCCAAGGUCAAGAGUCAGAAACAAAACCUGUACAGUCAGAGGCACGUGUCUUGUUGGUGGGAAGUGGAGCAGAUGAGCAAUGUGGAGGUUAUGGUCGCCACCGCACAAAAUUUAAGCAGGGCGGGUGGGUGAUGCUAGACGCGGAAAUGAGAUUAGACUUCAAUCGUAUUUGGAAAAGAAAUCUUGGCAGAGAUGAUCGUUGUCUCUCAGAUCAUGGAAAAGAGGCAAGGUUUCCCUUCUUGGAUGAGGACGUAGUGGCAGCACUUCUUAACCUUCCCCUCUGGGAUGUGGUGAACAUGGAGGAGCCCGCAGGCUGCGGAGAGAAGAAAGUACUUAGACAGGUGGCACGUUUAUUGGGCCUGAAGAGUGCAUCAUCGCUACCCAAGAGGGCUAUACAGUUUGGGAGCCGGAUCGCUCGAGAGUCGAAUCGCAAAGAUUUUGGAAGCAACAGAGCAGCGAACCUCGCCAACGCAGGAACCGUGGUUCUCAAGGAGUUCGCCAGUUCUUAGUGCAGCUUUAGCUUCCUCCUGCAUGGCACUCAGCUGAAACUCAAAUGGCUUUUGCAUAGAUGUGUGAUUCUCACUCAGCAUGCCGAUAAUCGCCAGGAGUUGUCGAGGAGGUGAUGGGAGUUAGGCAGUCCUAGCAGUGUAGGAAGGAAAUGAUGCGUAUGGCCUCAAAUCUCCGCCAGAAACGUUCUCUUUGUUGGUGAAGACAAUCUCCCUGUAUCACGUAGUAGCCAUCAUUACAACCAUAAACAAGGUGGAAUACAAGAAUGAGUAUUUGCAGAGAACUAGCGGAUCGUGUGUAAAGUGGACAGAGGGUUGUGAGAUUUUUGCUUUUCAAACUCGUGGAAAAGCAACCAAUUAUCAGUGAUAUUUCUCUCUUGUCAUAAAUUGCAUCAGUACGUUGUACACCGAAGUAAGGAGGUAUUGCAGGCCUCAGACAGACACAAACUGUAAAACUGAGUUGCGGCAUCUGUGAAAAGCUGCUAGUAGGUGACCUUGGUUUUCCACUUUCAAUGGGUUUAAAAUUAGUGAAGCUGAUUAUAAAUUGCCCAAACUUGUGAUACUUUUGAUAUGUUAAAUUGUACACAAGUUCAUUAUUUUGAUGGACGUCCAGGCAUCGAAAACGAUGGUUAACAUUGAGUACCAGUUAUUAUGUCAUUGUUUCUCUCAGCUGACGUGUUGCUAUCACAGUCCCGACAGUUAUGCGGCUUUGGGACAGUUAGGACAGUGAGCAAACUUUGCAAGAAUCUGAAGGUUGAUUUUAUGAUGAUAUAGAAAGGUGGACAGAACUAA